AUGGCCGGCGAAGCAUUCGAACUUCAGGAGCGGCCGGAAGAUCCGGAGGAAGACGGCGAGGCCCUCUCGCUCUCCGACUUCCCGCUCGUCACGACGGGUCAGCCCCGCAAUGACUCCGGUCCCAACAACUUCUCCGACCGCCCUCGCCGCUCCUCCUCCGAGCCUCCGGAGUUCUUCGAGUUCCUCAUCGACCUGGGCGCCCACAUGCGCUCCGCCGACGACCUCAUCGUCUCCGGGAAGCUCGUCACCCUCCACGACCAGUCUCCUCCGCCGUUGUUCCCCCGCGGCGCGCCGACGUGCCGCCGCUGCGACUCUCUUUCCGAGCUCGAGCGGUCGUCGGUCUCUCGGUCGAGCAGCCCGAAGGCGCAGCUCGCGAGGAGCAGCCGCUCGCUCAACUACCGGAAGCCCCGCCGGCCGUCGAGCUCUCUGGUAGCGCGAGAGGCGGAGCGGACGACGCCGUCGUCGUCGGGCAGGGGCGUCGCGAGGCCGGACUCGUUGGCGAGGAAGCCGUCGCGGCCCCGGUGGCGCGUUCUGCCUUUCGGGGCCCUGAGGCUGCCGGCGGAGAUGGAGCUGCGGGACAUGCGGAGCCGGCAGCUGCGCAGGAACCCGUCGACGCUGUUCGCCACGCCGGCGCCAGCGCCGUUGCCGGCCGACGGGGGCGGUUGGAAGGGCUCGUGGAAGCUGAUCAGGGCGCUGAGCUGCAAGGACCCGACGAGCGUCGCCGUCGCGACGUCGCUCGCCUGCCUGCCGCACGUGUGA